UUAACCCAGUAUCAAUUCUUAUAUGUGGUCCAUCCCUAUACGGUAUAUAUUAAGCUUGAAGGUUUAUCUAAAAGAUGCAUUGUUGCACGAAAAAAACUCUUUAGUUUGCAUUUUCUAAAAAGGAAGUCAUCUCAAGCGGUAACUUGGCAAUAUCGGAGGACCUUUGAAAUUGCCAUUGAGGACAGCAGGAAACCUCGAAAUCAUUAAACCUCUUCAGUUAACACUCACACAAUAGCUUCGUGUCGGGAAGUGCAAAGGCCGCGGUCUAUUUUCAUCUGCAACGAGUCCUAUACUCACACUGAUUUGGCCAAAAAAAACAUACAGAUCUGCUGAUUCAAAUCUGGCCGUCGAUGACACCCAGUCACGGCGUAUGCGCGUCGCUCUUUUCAUUAGGUCACUCGACCUUCGCAGUCCUACUUAACGGAUUAUUCGGCAUACCGCUAAGCAGCUUACCCAAGUCCAGUCUUUAUGUCGCCAACUAAUUCGCUAGAGCUUUCAACUCAUGUAGCUAGAGGUAUUUCCUGCAAUUGCUGCCACCGCUUCCGGCUCCAUCUGUAUGAACUAGAAAGGGCCAACAUAAAGCUGAUUGGAAAAUUUCCACACAUACACGUUAAUCUUAAGCGGUAAUAGUUUAUUUGGCUGAUUCUCCCUUUUAUCUUCAUCGCCAAUAGACCUUUAGUUAACUCUAGCUUGAUCCACCAGCUGCCCGUAUACCAUCCAGUAAUAGUAGUGGCAUCCAGUAAUAGCCUAAUUGUUUUCUAAGAGCAGUUUCUGGCCAUAGGAGAUCAUCCAGACGUAACCUUUCCGUACGUCAUCCUCUGGAUCUUCCUUAGCUGUAAGCAUUGAUGGUGCACCGUUUGCGAAAGGGAUUAACCUGCGAAGUACACAUUGAUAUAGGAGGGUGUUAGCGUUCCUUUCUCGUUGUGUAGUGCUAUUAGAAUUAUUGCAGCAGUAGUUUUGUUUGUAGAGCGUCCGUAUAGCCGUUCCCACCGAACAGAUUGCUCGCAACGGCCGUGUCUCACCAGCCGCGGCACCGAUAGCACAGCUUUGAUUGUUAAAGUGUCAGCUUUCCUUGAGUUUCUCGCCUCACCUAACGCGGUCGCCUACAAUCGUUUUCGAUUUGGUCCUAGUAGUAGUCGGCUUGUCCUAUGCGGCUACACUUUCAGGAGCUGCGCUGCCUACUAUUGCCACAGUCCGACGUUUGACCGGCAGUGAACGUGGCUACCAGUUCGUGCUCAUCUGUGCCACAGGUCAGCGCCAAUUCAUAGUAAAACUGAUAGGGACAUUUCACUAGGAUCGCGCGAAUCGCUGACUCGCCCUACUGCUGGACGAGGCGGCGCUUUACCUCGCCAGUGGCUGUUACAAGACAACGCAGUAAAGCGCUGCCGGCAGAAUGUCCGUCUCGUGACACGGAGAUGAGGCGCGGGUGCCUGCCAAGCAGCGAAAAUACCAUGAAACGAAUACACGUUGUGACUAGUGUAUCAGCGCACAUUUGCAUUGCAGAUAUUUUGCCCAAGGAUCUGUGAACUGCGAGUUAGGACAAGAAAUCGGCAAAAACACUACUGCCAGCUCCGUGAAUUGUUGACAUCGGUCACGUUAAUCAAACCCUGAUCAACAAGAUGCCUUUAACACAUCGCUCGCAUCCACCGUCGAUUUCGUCGCAGCCUUCAGACAUCUCUGGAGAUACCCGGUCCUCGGGUCUGACAGGAACCCGUUCGGAUAGAACCAGGAGCGGAGGCAGAAACGUCGAUGAAAACAGACGCUUAUAUCAACGACACUCAGAUACUACGCGGGAGCCCUCGCGAGACGACUCAUACAAUCGCGAUCUAAUGUCAAGGUCGCGACGGUACAAGGAUGCGAAGUCAAACGAGAUGAAAGAUCGUGGAAGCGAACGAAACCAAUAUAAGAAUUGGGAGCAGUCGUUUGAGCGUCAUUCGGGGAAAGAUUCGUAUGAAGCAACCGACUGCAAACAUGACAAUGAACAAUAUGAAAACACCAACAGAAAUUGUGCGCGUAACGAAAAUGGUAAUCGAGGAGCUCAUCACGAAGCAAAAAGCGCAGAAAAACGCGGCAAGACAUAUAAAAAGCACAAUUACCUAGAUACCAAAUUGUGUGAGGAUUACAGCCUAAGACGAGUAACCUCGAAAGGUUGCCGCUUAAAGGAUGACGGCGAUAAAUCUAAGCAGCAGUUCGAAAUGGAACCUCUACAAAAAGCUGGUGUGUUAACAGAGGAACUGCGGCAAACCUACAGCCAAAAGUCCAAGGACAAGGAUCGUAGCCAGGAUGGUAAUCGUGUCAAUAAUGAAGGCUCGCAGAAAAAGUUAAAGAAGUCUAAAGAUGAUGUAGAAGGAGGCGUUUCAGUAGAAUUGCAAGGAUCAAAAUCCAAGAAGGACGAAAAAUCGGAAGGGUCGAAAAAAAAAAAUCAGUUAAUGUAUGACACGAAAUACAGCAGUGGCCAUUCGCGUGCUUCGGGCUCCUACCCAGUUAGGCCAACAGCUUCGCGGGACACAUCCUACAAUAAGUCGGACCCUCAGAAGAAUGAAGAUCAACCUAACCAAAACUCCUUAAACAGGUCUGUUACUGUCAGGCGUGCCGGCACAAUAUUAAACGCCAGAGAGUCGAAACUCGCAGCGGACUUUGUGAUGGAAGAACCUAGCCUAUUACGAGCAGCCGCUUACGUUGCCGCAAUCAUCUCUGCUCUCGACGCACUUUGUGGGAUACUCGGCGGAGCUUUCAUUCUCUAUAAUAGAAAAGACUACAUUGCCACCGAUGCCGGUAAUACUGAAAGGAAUUAUAAGGAUUAUACAAUGUAUACAUAUCUGACCAUUCAUAGUCUCUCCUUCGUUUCCAGUGGAGUUUUCCUCCUAGCUAAUAAGAAAGGACAUAUAAAUUCGAUUAUUUUCUGGAUAUCUAUCCAGAUAUCAAUUUCAAUCGUUUUUACCGCGGGAAUCAUUCUUUUUCUCACACAGGAGCUACGACAGAAUGACGUUACAGAACUCUUUGAAGGUAAAAAGCUCUUGGUGAUGUUGUACUUUUCAUCAUUGUUGCUGACGUUAACUAUAGUCAGGGUUAUAAACAUUUUAAUCGCAUGGCGACGUUACAAGAAAUUGAUCUGGCUGCCCCGAAGAGGCCCAUGUGUGUCGGGCGCCAAAUCUCACCCAAUAACCCGGCUGGGGGUUACGGAAACUGGACAGCUCUCGUUGGAAGAUCGUUACUCUGUAGUCUUGGAUGAAUUGCGAGCUUCGAAUGUGGAAAUUUCGCAACGCCAGCAUAAAGAUACUAGAAAAGAUACUUCAUAUCGAAAUCACGAAAAAGCUUCUCAUCAUUCGAAGAACGGCGGCGUCUUCGCCUCCGAGUUGAACUAUGCUGACCAUUUACGAUCCGAAAAAAAUGGGCCCACAGCCCAAACCACGUUGGGGUCGAUUCGGGUCGGGACGAGCAACGACGGAGCUGCAGUUAGUGCGCCUAUGCAGGUCGUAGUCGAGGUCCACAAUCCAUCCAAGGACGGCAGCGUGAGGAGUGCAACGUCACAAAGCUCAGGAGGGACGAUAUCAACAUUUACCAGCCAAUCUAUUCCAAGACAAUUCAGUCUAGCUGAUAUUGAUGUGGCGAAAACCAUUACUACACGUGGCUGCAUCAACAAGUCAACCGCAACCAACGGCCGACUGACAAAUCGACCCUCGUACGAAAACAGUAGUACCAGAGAACAUCCUUCUAUGGAGUACUUCUGCGAGUAUUGUUCAAGGGAUGAAAGAUCUUACGACCUGGACAGGCCUCAGACGGAUAAGCAGUCGGAAGACUAUGCAUCCCAAUGGUCCUGUCCCCGGCUCGUCCAGGCACGUAGGUCGCGUCUGGAACCGUGGAACAAUUCGAGUCAUUUUAUACAAGAUGAACGAGAAAAAUCAGCACUGAAAUUGUGCAAGUCACCCCCAACAGGAGCUGUGCCCGCUGUGGGUAACCCUGAGCAGUGGGCACGCUUCCGAGGCCGAAACCUACAUCAUUAUGGAGCUGAUUCGACGGGCGAACUUCGGAAACUUGCUUUCACUGAACUCGAACCGAAACCUGAUUAUUAGCGGCUGUCGAUGAUGGGUGACGACCUACUAGUCAUUUUUUAAUACGUUCAAUAAAAUCGAAUGCAAACGAUUUUUUUAUUGUAGAAAAUUGCUUGAUAUCAUACAAACAAAUCAUACGCUUGAUUUUAUUAUGACACCAUGGCAUUUUAUAACGCAUAAACGUCACGCUGAGGCAAACGUUACAGCGUUGGUAUAAGAGACGUUAACCACAGAAGGAACUGAUUGUGUUAGAAAUCCCUGAUAAUUACACGGUACUAGUGAAAUGAAUAUUUUUUGGGAUAUUUCAACGGGUAAGAACCAACUAAAUGUAAGAAAUGUAUCCUUUUACAAAUAAAUCCAAGGUGUUAGUUUGUUAUAAAAUCAAGGUGUAGAGAUAUUACCGCGUUCUCUAAUUUGUAGCAGUAUACAUCUAUGGAGGCCGUAUAAUAUUCGAUCAUCUAUUCAAUACGUAUAUAUAUACACGUUUUUUCAUGCACGAGCUAAAGUAACUCGUUAGGACAACAAAAAUAUUUACGUGUACGAGCCUUGUCCAUUUUUGAUAUUCGAUAAGCAGCCCCAAAUAUAGAACAUUAAUAACAAACAUCUUUUUUUAAAUCGAGCUUUACACUUCAAAGCUGCAUUUCUUAACUGGAUCAUCGCCGGGACGUCGCUAGGGCGUUGCUGAAACAUUUAAAUUUUUUCAUGGAGUUUAUAUAUGUAUGCAUGCACGCACGUAUAUUUUCAGUCAGAUUGUUUAUUAGCCUUAAACUCUCUCUCCCUCUCUCUCUCUCUCUCUCUAUAUAUAUA